AUGCCUUUUUCUUUCGCGUUGUUAUUGGGUGGCGGUGGGGCGUUGUUGAGUUCUCGCGUGGCCGCCCAAACUAUUCCAGCUAUUCCAGCAGUGUUACCUGUGAAUUGGACGUCUGUGGGGUGCUUUAGUGACAUCUCGACAUCGCGUACUUUGGCUGCUACUUCAUUGGUUCAAGACCCUAUGACUAUUGAGACUUGUAUCAGUUUCUGUGACUCUGGCGGGUUUUUGUUCGCGGGAGUUGAAUUCGGACAUUGCGAUUCGACGAUUCAAAUUCCAAGUACGGCAGAACCAGCGACAGAUUGUAACAUGGCAUGCAGCGGGAAUGCUAGCGAACUUUGUGGUGGACCUAUCCGUCUAAACAUCUUCCAAAGCAACAGGCCCCCUCCUGUUAUCGUUCAGAACAUUACAACUGGAACGGGUCUAUGGACGUACCAAGGAUGUUUCACGGAUUCUCCUCAGGCAAGAACUCUGGGAACAGGCGCGAACAUCCCACUUGGUACGACUCCUGAAUCUUGCGCUGCUGCAUGUUUGGCACAAGGCGGAUUCACAUUUGCGGGUGUUGAAAAUGGACACGAAUGCUGGUGCGACAACACAGUCCAUGCACCAACACAACGGGUCGGAGACGCAGAUUGCCGCCAAAUCUGCCAGGUGAAUCAUGCUGAAUACUGCGGGAAUGCGAAUCGCGUGGCGGUGUAUGAGUUCUCGCCGACUGGGAAGCCGCCUGGUCCGCAAGUUUGUUUGGACACAAACUUGGCGAAUUUUACGUUGAGGGCGCAGUUCAAGAACCCUCCCAUUACUGGGCCAUCUAGCGUUCCUCUCAAGGUUGUGGCUGUGGAAAUUGUGAAGAAUGUUGUGUGGACCGUUCUUUCUGCAUGCACGACGUGCUGCUCGGAAUGGCCGUCCAUCAGCCUCUCGAACUCGAUUAUCAGCCCGCAUUCAGUAGUUGUUUCAACUCAGCAAAUGACAUCUACUUUUACAAAUGACGGUGAAUCUCCUAACUUUGUUGCUUCUGUACCUGCAUUCGCAGGCUCUCAGGCAUACUGCACCAUGACCGAUCCUACGGCCCCCGUCGGCAGCCCACCGAUUCUGGCCUUUAAUGGACAAGCCAAUGCGUUUUCUCUUUGCACCAAUACGAGUGCUAACGCACGUGUGGAUCUUGUCUUCUCUCCUGUCACAGAUACAUCCGGACCCACAACGUACAAGACAAGCCCAGACCCCCAGACCGGAUGCUCGGGAGGCGGCAUCAUCGUCUACAUCGUUGAGCCAUCGGAUGUUGUGGGCCAUAUCCGCGUCGGAACCCGUCCGGGGUCGCAUGAAUCGGCAUGA